UUUUGAGGAGCUUCCUCACCAGCUGAGCAUUGACCAAAGAACUGUCAUACAGCAAACCGAUCCAACAGCAGGUCCUGUGUUGCCAGACUACCAACCCUUGGGAUCCAUUCCACGUGCAAUAUAUGUUGAUGGCAAAUAUGCUGUUAUUGGAGUGGUCUUAUUUGUGGAAGAACAAGCGCGUGAGAUCAUCUCUACCACUGGACGGAAAAAUCUUGUUCAUGAGAUUGUGAUCACUGACCAAAGCAAUGAUCAACCUGUCACAAUUGCAACUUGGAAUGAUUUAGCUGGAAGAGACUGUGACCUACUCACUAAUUGGGCUGAGAAAUUUCAAAUUGUAGGAUUUACAUCUCUUCGCCCUGCCUCUCGCAGAGGUUUUGCCCUGACAACUAACAUGUCAACACGAGUCAUACAUGAGCCAAAGGGAUACGGGGCUAAUGUUUUACGCGAAUGGGCUAGGCUCUACUCAACAAUGCUGCUGGAUAGGCAAUCGAGGGUGCUCCAAGUAAGACACCCAUGCGAUGGGAAAACACUGCUAACAGUGGCUGAACUGAAGCUCAAGAAGGCCUGCAAUGCACUUCAGGAUGAGCGCUUUUGGCUCAGAAUGACAAUCCCACAGCCUGAACUGGACAAAGUUAAUGCAUAUGCUGGUUGUAGUAACUGUUCAGAGCGUACACAUGUGCCAGUUGGAACACAUUAUCCUUGCAGUGUUUGCCGUAAACCAGAUUGUGUCUCUACUCACAGGAUCACUUUUAAGUUUGACGCUGCAGAUGACACGGGAACAAUGUCAUUCACAGCUUUUAACGAUGAUACUGAGAAGCUCUUUGGAAAUUCAGCUGCUGAAAUUUGCAGCAUCAAAAACACUGAAAACUAUGAAGCCUUUCAGUACAUACAGUACUUACUCCAGAUUAAGCCAAUUUUAAUCAAGGUUGGACCAACACUAGCUCUCUCAAGAAACAAUGUUCUGCAAUGGCAGCUGAAAGGUCUGGAACUGGAACUGGAACGUGAAUCUGAAACUCCCAGCGCACCAAUGAACUUGAAGCAGGCAAUGAAUGAAGAACUCAAGGAGCUUGUGCACACCUCAGAAGAAAACAAGUAUUCGCAGAACAAAGAACUUGCUGUGUUUUAUUCUGAAGAAGAAGGGUCUUCUGAACCUGCUGAUAUACCAGUUCCAGCUAGGAAAAAACUCCGCACUGGUCUCUUCUCUGAACCAACCUUGGCAACAAAUCAAGCAGUCUCUUUGCCAGAAACAUCAAAAGUUGCUGAUCAUGUUACUACAGCUCCUGUCACUGCUACUAAGCCUGUUUUAGCCACUCCAGUAAAGAAAGAAGCAAGCAAGGAGAGCUCAUCUGCAACUUCUCCUAAUCAGGCAUGAACUUUUGAAGAUCACUCUCUAAUGGAGCAUUCCACUUAUCGUACAUAGAACUCGCUGCAACACUAGCACCAGUGAUUCAAUUGCAGUGUAUCUCCUCAGCAACGGUUAAAGUCUGCACCUACUUUUGUAAACUUUGUUCAAUCAAAUGUGCAGUUUGUUUUGGAAAGGUCUUACAUCACUUACAUUAGUGUGUGUUGUUUAAGAACCCUUAACUAUCAAACUUAGCCUAAAUAUUUUAAGGGGUUUAAAGGAACAUAGACAGUAGUAUAUGUUCCUAGAAAACACCAAAGUACAACAUUAGCUGUGCUUAGCAGUUUAUCUAAGCUUGUGUGUACAAUGCUUAAUUAUUAAUAUAUGCCUAUUACCGUUGCUGUUA